AUGCAGACGAUGUUAUGGUACUUGUUGUUUAUGGUGCGUGUAGGCCUUUGUGCUUCAGAGGAGUUGCGGAACCAGACUAAUGUUCCUGCAAUAUUGUUCUCUUACAAACUAACGCCUGAUAUUUUAAAGUAUCAAGAAGAUUAUGAUAUGGCUCUAACGCUGCCCAAAAGCAAGUUUAUUGAGGCGGCAGAGAAGUUUUUAGGCGUAUGCAAUGCCAACACUUAUGUGUUUAUUAACCAACCAGGACUGAGAAAAUUGGAUUUUUUGGAAUUUGAGGAAGAGUUUGUUUCACUACAAAGAUAUAUAAGACAAAGUUCAACAGCAAUUAGAUUCGAAAAAGUGGAUCUACUGCCCGAAAACCUAUAUGAUGACCUUGCCGACUACGUCAAGGAGUAUUGCGACGCAGACCAGGUGUUGCAGCUGCGAGGCAAUCAUACAGAAGAUUUCCAGCCCUUCAUUGAUAGCAAGAGAAGGGUGAUCGUAAUAGAGUACCCGAUGUUACCAGAAGACACAAAUCAACGUAAGGAAGCAUUACGGCAUUAUGACAAAUACUUAAGAACUGUACUGGCACAGAUUCCAUCACCAGAACAAAAAAUCAUAUACACCUCGUUGAACCCAGGAAGGACUCUAGCUCACGAGUCGGUUAUUCCCAUUGAAAUAUUCCCAGACAUUUUUGACAUGAAGUGCAAACUGGGGGAAGUGGAACAGAAUAAUAGAGUGAUGAAUGUUCCUCGCCUAUCGUUCAAUGAUUAUGCUCCACGGUUCUCGGAGCCUCCUUCGGAAUAUGUGUCAAUCUUUGAUUCGGAACUGAUCGAGAAUAAUAGAGUCCUUUUACAACUAAUUUUCACGUCCCUCAUUGGAUUCGUUCUCUUCCAAUUCUUUUUCGCAAAUAAAAGGAAUAACGAGAACACAAAGAUCAGUAAUGAGGAUUGUAACAAGAAGGAAAAGUCUUCACAGCAACUACGAAAGCAAGAAGUGACCGAAAAGGUAUCUUCAAAGCAAACGCUUUGA